GUGGAAGUCCAUAUAAACGUACUCCCAGAUAAAUUUUGCUUUUGCGGCUCUGGGAGUACAGUCAGUUUAUCUAUUCCGGCUCCUGUCCGAUUCCGACAUAUUUCUAGAUUGAAUGGCUGGUACGGAGAGAGUAUGUUUAGAAACUUAAUUUUGUCUGUUGUUUCAUGUAAAGUAAUUAUUUCUUUGUCUACUGAAUGGAUGUUUACAAAAUGUAUGAACUCUUGGUCUGCCAGCGCUUGGAUUUCCAAAACGAGGCUUCAGAUCGGUUGAAUUUCCGGCGCGUUUUUUCGGACGUCUGAAAAGUCGGUGGACAACAUUAAUCUGUUCAAUGACCGAGGUUACCAAAAGAUACAAUUGCCAUGGGAAAGCAGAAGACAAACAGAUCAUCAGUACAUUGUAGUCCAGCUGUAGAGGCAGCAAAAUCUGUAAAGCGGAAUGACAAGUACUAGGAAAAGUCAUCUUCUUGGGGCCUCUAAGAAGUACAAAAGAAGAAAACAAGAUACAGAAUACAAUCUCAUGGGAAGUGCGACAGAAAUCAAUACUGCGAAUAUAAAGGAAUUUGAUUCCACAAUCCAAACUGAUGCAAACUCUAUAUCGACUAGGGUAGGUGCUGAGACCUUAAAUUCAGACCAAACACUACAUGAAGUAAACUCUGUUUGUGUAAAAGUCGAAGCUGAUGAAUGGCGUGAUGUAGCUGCUUUGUUUUAUUCUGGGUGUGCCAAAUCAGAACAGGUUCUAGGCAAAGAGAUAGGUCAAGAAACAGACAUAUUCCACGGUAGAGGAAAGCGUGAGGAUGUUUAUAUCCCCUGUCCAGUAAAGACCCUACAAGGUGGGACGGAGAAGGAGACAGUGUUGGAUGAAAAACAGGAUGCUGGUGAUAAACUCCCUGAGGAACACAGACUGAGGAUUUUAAACGAGUUGCCUCUGAGCCAGUUUGGUUCUCAAGAAGUUUUCCUAGAUUUUGAAUAUGGUCAAGUUAUUUCAAGUGUACAACAUUCUUCCUCUGACUUGAAUCCUGUCAGUCAUUUGGCUUUAAAUAAUGAGGCAAAUACUUCAAGCACCUCACCUGUUCAGGUUUUGCCUACGAAUGUAAGUCAUGCCAUAACAUGUAGGUUAGUGACAUCAGUCAGUUCCAAAUCUUCUGAUGCUUGGGAUAAAAAGGAGUUUUGUGAUAAAUCCAUUAACAAGGAAGUUCCUACACAUCAGCCCUUUGGUUUGUCAGAUGGUAUGGAUCAAAUAGUUGCAAUAUUACCAGUGAAUGAUCCACAUGUUCCAAUGUCUUUAAUCAGCUAUGAUUCAAAGUCAAAUCUAUCACAUAACAUUUCUGAAAGUCAGAGCAAUAACGGGCCUUUGUCGAUGAGUUCUAAAAUUGAAGACGUUUCCAUGACAUCCAAGAUAGUGAAUUCCAAUCUUGUAGAAGAGUCUGGAUAUUGUUCCUCUGAUGACUUUGAAGAGAUAUUCAUUGAAAGAAACAAAGGGAAAAGCAAGAGCUAUCCUUCAAUGCUUCGAGUACCAAAGAGGGUUUGUGGUAAAGGUUCUUUGAGAGAAUUAGUCAACCCAAGGGAGAAUGAUGCAAAAACUACUGUCCCCCUUUUUCGGAAACCAGCUAAGAGAAAAUUGGACAAACAUGGUGACCUAGUGAGUAAUAAGAUAAAGCCAUCUCAUGCGAUGAACGUGAAAGAUGGCAGCAUCUGUCGUGUGAGACUGGUGUCAGUCUCCGACAGAAUCGAAAAAAUGAUGAAAGGGAAUGUCGUCGUUACGUGGAAAUGCUGCGAAUGUAGCCGACUAGUGGAAGUUCCACCAGAGGUACCGGCGAUAGUGGAUUUCCCGAUAGAUGUAACGCCAGAGGUACCGGAGAUAGUGGAGAUCGCUAUGGAUGUAAUUUUCAAUUGA